CACCCGUCGGCGCCGCGGCGGCAGCAGCGGCCGCGCGCCCCGCUGCAGCACCCGUCGGCGCCGCGGCGGCAGCAGCGGCCGCGCCCCCCGCGGCAGCACCCGUCGGCGCCGCGGCGGCGGCGGGCGGCGCAUCGCCGAGCUCUGGCGGCACCGACGGAUCGCCGAGCUCGGACGGCCCCGACGGCGACCCCCCGACGGCGGUCGGCGGCGCGCCGCCGCCCAAGGCGCCGCCGCUGCUGGCCCCGCCGUGGUUGCAGGCCAUGGCGCGGCAUGGGAUCGCCCGCGCGGUCCCCGACGGCCAGAUGGCGGCCGACCGCUACGCGCGCUCGCUGGCGAAGUCGCUGGCGGGCGACGCGGGGAUGGCGGGCCCCCCCGCGGUGGUCUCCGACCGCGAGAUCGCCGCGGUCGCGAGGCAGGUCGCCGAGGAGUGGGUGGAUGCGGCCGCCUUUGACGCCCAUCGGGCCGAGGCGAUCGCGAAGUUCGCCGCGGCCGAGCGGGCCCGCCGUCUCAUGCUUGAGACGGCGGCGCUGGCCCAGUGGCGGCGGGCGGCUGCCGACGCCGCCGUCGCGCCUGCGCAGCAGGCCGCGGCUGCCGACGCGGAGGUGCGCUUCGCCGACGUGCAGCGCGGCGCGGUGGCGGCGGGCUCGACGGUGGAGCUCGAGGGCCGCGCCGGGACGGCCGUGGUCGCGGCGAUCGACGCCGCGAUCGACUCCGCGGUCGAGGCGCGCCAGGUGGACGGCCCUGGCGCGUUCUUCGACGUGGGGUCGACCCGCGCGGGCGCCGAGGCGCGCCUGCGCGCCGCGAGCCUGCUGGCGGCGCGCCCCGCCCCGCCGCCGCCCGCGGCCCCCGCCGCGGCCCCCGCCGCCGCCGCCGAGGUGCUGGAGGCGGAGAUCGAUCUCCUCCAGCGGCGGCUGCGCACGUGGGAGGCGGCGGCGGGCGAGGCGGCGGCGGCGGAGCGGCAGCUGCAUGAUAUGCGGCUGCUGCUCGGCGACCAUGAGCGCGCCGCGCGCGAGGCGCGGGAGGCCCUGCACAUGUCGCAGCAGAUGCUCGGCCGCAUGGGCAGGGCCAUGCAGCACUGA